GUAAUUGCAACAAAGACAAAGAUUUAUCUUGUAAUGGAGUAUGUCUCUGGAGGACAGCUUUCUGAUAAGUUGUUCUAUCUUAAAAGGUUGGAGGAGAGAGAGGCAAGGAAGUACUUUCAGCAGUUAAUUGAUUUAGUGGAUUACUGCCAUGGCAGAGGUGUCUACCAUAGGGAUCUGAAGCCAGAGAACCUGCUAGUAGAUCGUAGGGGCAAUCUGAAGGUAUCUGAUUUUGGACUCAAUGUGGUGGGAAAGCCAGGAGACAUGCUAUCAACUGCCUGCGGAUCGCCGAGUUAUGUGGCUCCUGAGAUAUGGAAUAACAAGCAUUAUGAGGGAGCAGCUGCCGAUGUAUGGUCUUGUGGAGUGAUUCUUUUUGAAUUACUUGCUGGUUACCUACCUUUCGAAGAUCACAACCUGGUCAACUUGUAUAGAAAGAUAUCUAGAGGAGAGUACACAAUUCCAGAAUGGUUCACUGCCCCCCAAAGAAAGCUAAUAUCCAGGAUACCGGACCCAUUGCCAACAAAGCGGGCCACAAUAGCAGAGAUUCUUGAAGAUGAGUGGUUUCGGGUGGAUUACGAGCCUUCCACCGGAAAUCAAAAAGAUGAGACCCUGAAUUCAGGUGAUAUCAGCAAUGCAGUCAACACUGAAGAAAGAACAAAUCAGACACUGAAAGGAAAGCCCCAGAGAUUUAUCAAUGCUUUCCAGCUCAUAGCAAUGAACAAUGAUGACCUUGAUCUGUCUGGCCUUUUCCAUGAGCAGAAGACAAAGCUUGGUUCUAAGCAUUCAAUAGAUGAAACACUGGAAAAAAUCGAGGUUGCUGCGAAAGAUGUAAGCCUCUCUGUAGAAAGGAUGAACAAUUCCAAGGUGAAACUUCACUGCAACCAAAUCUUAACUAGAAAUAGGUCUCAUUUUACUCUAUCAGCGGAGGUGUUUGAGGUGACCCCAGUUCAUUGUGUUGUAGAAAUUUCGAAGUCUGCAGGCGAUUUAAGAGCAUACGGAGAGUUCUAUAAAAGCUUAUCGAGUCUGCUCGGGGAGAACUCUGCUGGAAGUUCAUCAGAACUGAAGGCAGCGGAGGUUGAGAAAAAGGAUGGCAAGGAGUAGAUUUUUGAAUCAAUGAAGCAACAGACCACAAUCUCCUGUCCCAUGUUCCAUGUAAAGUUGAUUGAGAACUUAAUACCUGUAUGACGACAGCAUUCCAUCAAGCACAAUAACAGAGCCAUGGUUGAGCAAAUAUUUUUUUUUGGUGUUGGGGUGGGGGGUGGUCCAUUGUAAUGGAUAAUGAUGACUCUUGUGGGGGAAUUUUUGGCUACCUUCAUCAGUAGUUUUGAUA